AUGAUCACCGACGUCCAACUUUCCGCUCUCGCCAACUGGCUGGGCUCCCUCACGAUGAUCCUCAUCGUCCUCUACCACGCCGUUGGAGCCAACGCCAAGCGCACCGACGAGACUACGGCGAGGGCCAUGGCCGGCGAUGUGACGCCGCCGCAGUAG